AUGGAUGCUCAAGAUCAGAAGAAAUUAUUCCGUUUGGCGAUGGAAGCCAAAGAGACUUCAUACUCUCCUUAUUCAAAGUUUAGAGUAGGAGCAGCGUUAUUGACCAAAGACGGCACCUUUUUCAAAGGUUGCAAUGUUGAAAACUCAUCGUAUGGCGGUGCUAUAUGUGCUGAACGAACGGCCUAUGUGAAAGCAGUGAGUGAGGGACACAGGCAAUUCCGCGCACUGGCUGUGUCAACUGAUCAAGAAGACUUUGUGUCACCUUGCGGCAUCUGCAGACAAUUUAUUUCCGAGUUUUCAAAUGCGGAGAUGCCGAUUUACUUCUUGAAUAACAAAGGUGAACACAGAGAAUUUACAAUGGGUCAAUUACUACCUUUGGCGUUUAAUUUGGAGAACCACAUAGAACGUAAUCAUGAAAAGUCGUAA